AAAACAGGGGACAGUCUCUUUCUGCGCACCAAACGGCCUCUUUCCGACUUUCCGUGGACGAGUUUUCUUCCGACUUCAGGCGUACGAAACAAUUCAUUCCUCAUUUAAUUAGACGUUCUUCACUUCUCAAAGUCUCAUACUGAUUUCCCUCAGUUCGACAUUUCAGAUUUCAGAUUGUUUCUUUCAACAUGUUAGGCUUCACAAACAAAUUAAACUGAGCCACAGAUUUAGCUACAAACUUUGCCUCCCCCUUUCUUCAUUAUUUCCUCGAUCCCUUCUCCUUCACUGAAUUCUUCGGCACAAACCCCACAUGCACAAUGUUGAGCCACUCUCUUUCUUUGCCUUCUCAAAUCUCCUCCUCCUCCAUCAGGAAAAGGGACGCAAUGGCAAUGAUCACAAGUAGUAAGAAAGCAAACUUAUUUGCCAAAAGCAAGGAAAAGGUCAGACUGCCUAAGUAUGCCGAAGAGUUCCCUAUUAGUGAGUUCCUUGCUCACCCGUCCGGGAUCGAAACCCUGUUGAAUAAGAGAGCCCUGCAGAGAUUUGAGCCUGUCGAUUUGAACACUUACAGGUGCACUUUGCACAGAAUUCAGUUGCUGCAGUUCGAUGCGGUGCCUGUGGUGGACUUGAGAGUGACUCCGACGAGCGAAGAUUGCAAAGUUGAGAUGUUAUCUUGCAAGUUUGAGGGUUCAAGAUCAGUAGUACAUCAAAACAACCUUUUCUCAGCAUUCAUGAUAAAUCAUAUAACUUGGGAGGAGAACGGUAUCCAAACUUGCUUAGAGGUCAACGUUAACCUGAAAGUAACUCUUGAGAUCUAUACACAACCAUUCAACUUGCUUCCAGUAUCGGUGAUAGAAAAGCCUGGAAAUUUGGUGAUGCAAGGUCUCACCGACAAGCUUGUAUCUUUGCUCAUUGAGCAAUUGCUCAAGGACUACGGUGCGUGGGUCGAAAAACAAUCCAACCUCUCUUCUAAACCUUGAUGUACUUUGUUAUUUAUUUUUGUAUUCCCUUUUCCAGUUUUUAGUUGACAAAUUUCAGCAAUUACAUGAUUUCUUGUAUCUGCUUAAUAAAACUAUGUUUUCGGUCACUCCAUAAUCGUGUCCAAUUAGGCGAUCAA